AAGAGAGAUCUGCUGGAGCGGUCUGUUGAGGAUAUUUUGCUCAUUUGGACAGCCACGUGUCGUAGAUGGAAAGCUGUCGGCAGCCGUACUCGGGGGCAGAUAUGACUACCCUGCCAGGCUACACUGGCGCCAGGAUAUCUGGUUGCUGGGCACUGCGCUCUGAUGGAGGUGGCAGUGGCGAGGACUCUCUGGACCGGCUCCUGCCCACUGUAAGCAGCGCCCCCCGCAGAAAAAGCACAUCUCUGAGUAAGUCGGAGCCACCACUCCUCCGCACUGGCACACGCACCAUCUACACCGCCGGACGGCCCCCAUGGUACAACGAGCACGGAGCCCAGUCCAAAGAUGCCUUCGUCAUCGGGCUGUGUGGCGGCAGUGCUUCAGGGAAGACCACAGUGGCCAACAAGAUCAUAGAAGCUCUGGAUGUACCCUGGGUAGUACUGCUGUCUAUGGACUCCUUUUACAAGGUGCUGACAGCAGAGGAGCAGGCGCUGGCGGCCAGUAAUGACUAUAACUUCGACCACCCCGGGGCAUUUGACUUUGAGCUGCUGGUGGCCACGCUGAGGAAACUCAAGCAGGGAAAGAGCGUGAAGAUCCCUGUGUAUGACUUUACCACCCACAGCCGCCACAAAGACUGGAAAAACCUCUAUGGUGCCAGUGUCAUCAUCUUUGAGGGAAUCAUGUCCUUUGCUGAUAAGGAGCUUUUGCAGCUCCUGGACAUGAAGAUCUUUGUGGACACAGACUCGGACAUCCGUCUGGUACGGAGGCUCAGGAGAGACAUCACGGAGCGUGGACGGGACAUUGAAGGUGUCAUCAAGCAGUACAAUAAGUUUGUAAAGCCAGCCUUUGAACAGUACAUUGAGCCCACCAUGAGAUUGGCAGACAUUGUUGUGCCACGCGGUGGGGGAAACAUGGUGGCCAUAGACCUGAUAGUCCAGCAUGUUCAAAGUCAACUGGAGGAGCGUGAACUCAGUGUCAGAGCCGUCCUGGCCUCCGCCCCCCAGACGCAGCCUUUGCCCCAGACACUCAGCGUACUGGAGAGCACCCCACAGGUCCGAGGCCUGCACACCAUCAUCAGAAAUAAGGAGACCAGUCGAGAUGAGUUUAUCUUCUACUCCAAAAGACUGAUGCGCCUUCUAAUAGAGCAUGCUUUGACCUUCUUGCCAUCUAAGCCUUCCACUGUGCAGACGCCGCAGGGCCAGGAGUAUGAGGGGAGGAGCUUCAGCGGGAAAGGGAUAACAGGCGUGUCCAUUCUGCGGGCAGGGGAAACCAUGGAGCCUGCUCUGAGGGCAGUCUGUAAAGAUGUCCGCAUCGGCAAGAUCCUCAUCCAGACUAACCUGGACUCAGGGGAACCAGAGCUGCACUACCUGCGCCUGCCCAAAGACAUCAGUGAGGAUCACGUGAUCUUGAUGGACAGCACGGUGUCCACCGGAGCGGCUGCCAUGAUGGCUGUGCGCGUGUUGCUGGACCAUGAUGUGCAGGAGGAGAACAUUCUCUUGGUGUCUCUACUGAUGGCGGAGCUGGGAGUGCAUUCAGUGGCCUACGCUUUCCCCCGUGUCAGAAUCAUCACCACCGCUGUCGACGAAAGCGUAGACGACCUUCUCCACGUCAUCCCAGGAAUAGGGGACUUUGGGGACCGCUACUUUGGGACGGACGGCACAGCGAACUGGAGCGACGAUGACGACGAAGAUACGCCCAGCCACUGAGAACCGGGCGGUGUGCUGGUAGA